CCAUCAUGGCCUAUUUUCAUUCGAGGUCUUCCGAUAAACCGCGGAUCAGCCCAAUCUCAACACUUUUCAAAAUCAACCUCCUCCCCCGAAGAAAUUCCCAUUCCUCCUCACGCCUAUGACGAAAUGGAAUUAUUCGCCAGUCAAGGACGUCGUUUCCAGCCAACUUCCUCUCAUGGCCCAGCCGAGGAUGUUCUCUUAGCAGCGACUGCUCGUGUUGCAGUAACUGGAGCCGAUGCGUCAUCCAGCACCGCUGGCGAAGGAGGCCUUGGUGACCUUGCCAGUUUGACCUCCGCCUCGGCUCUUGACAACCUUGAUGGUGUUGGUGUCGUCACCCAAGGACUUAUUGUUGUAGACGAAGAAGACGAAGCAUUGGUCAAGGCAAAAGCUGCUCUUCCUUCAUGGACUGCGAAGUACAAUCUGAGGAGUCACUUCGAUGCUGUGAGGUCAUUGGUAUUCCAUCAUACUGAUCAGAUUCUCCUGACGGGAAGUGAAGAUUGUACUCUGAGAUUGUGGAGUCUGGCAAAGCGUGUGCAGACAAAGAAGUCGUCUUGUCUAGAUGUUGAACCGAUGUUCACUUGCCGUGGCCACACCUCACCAGUUCUCUGUGUAGCUCUAUUGAGCGUCUCGCCAUCUGGAAGCAAAGAGACAGAAAUCACAUCUGGACGAAGUAGUCCAAUGGAUACAGCAGCGUUGGAGAGUAAUUUCGCCUUUUCUGGCUCCCUGGAUGGUGAAAUUCGGUCAUGGAGACUUGGAGGUAUGCAAAUGAUGCUCUAUGAGGCGUUUGAUCCAAGUGUUAUUGGUCCAGUGUUGUGUGGGCAUACGGAUGCGGUGUGGUCCAUUGCUGUUCGGUCCGAUGGCACUUUGCUAUCUGCCUCUGCUGAUGGGACCGUCCAAGUGUGGAACACCUUCCCAGCCUUACUAACACCGCUACAAUCACAGGCUGUCACGAAGCGUGAUUCUUGUGUCCUUUCAGCCAGCCACGUUUUCCGACCAUCCAACAAAGCGGUACCAACUUCUGUUCUUUUCCUUCCCACUGAUGAGACGUUGUGCGCCGUCGGGUUGACUAGUGGAGAUGUCUGUGUUCUGAAUAUAGACACCGGUCGGCAGAUGCUCUUUUUCGAUGCUGCCGUCUCUAAAACUGGUGAUGCGACAGAAAACUUUGGGUCAGUGAAUGCCCUCUGUGCACAUCCCACUCUGCCACUCCUCUUUUCCGCUCACGAAAACCGUCAAAUCCGUUUCUUGGACACCGCACAGGGUGUCUGUCUACAUAGCAUGGUCGCGCAUUUAGAGGGCGUGACCUCAAUCUCCAUCGAUCCAAGGGGAACAGUUCUUUUAUCGGCCAGCCAUGAUGCUUCAAUUCGCCUUUGGGAUGUGGAGACCCGAACCUGUAUUCAAGAAUUCAGCAGUCACAGACGAAAACACGAUGAGUCGAUCCUUUCAGUGGUAUUCCACCCCACCCUUCCACUCAUAGCCAGUGCAGGCGCAGACGGCCUCGCAAAGGUCUAUGUCUGA